AUGGCGGAAGAUAGAAAAAUUAGAAAACCACUUAUAGAAAAGAAGAGACGUGCAAGGAUAAACGAAAGUUUGGAGAUACUAAAAAAUAUAUUGCUCGAGUGUGAUCCGGAAGUUGCUAAUCGGGGCGCACAUAAAAGUGCUAAAUUAGAAAAAGCUGAUAUCCUGGAGAUGACCGUCAAUUACAUGCAGAGGAUGCGGGCAAGUGUGAGACAAGGAAGCAUGGAUUACCAUCUUGGUGCGAACCAGAGCUACGCGUUUGUCCGAUACAAGCCUCAGUUUUUUAAUUGUCCACCUAAACAACUGUAUCGAUCGGGAAUCUUUCAAACCCAUGCCGGAGGAUAUCAUGAGAUGAACGGUAGCUCGCAGGUGAUUCCGAAGAUCUCAUCGCCGCUGGACUGUGUCGACUCUUUUGUGAGAUCCGGACCAUUUUGCCCGGUAAAGGUGGAGAUGAUUUCGCCCCCUUCCUCGCCGAAUUUACACAAUGGUGAUAUGAAAGUGUGUAACACUUCAAACGAGCCUGUACCGGAGGAUGUGUGGAGGCCCUGGUGA